AUGAAGACGAAGGUGUUCCUCGGCCUCAUCCUCAGCACGGCGGUGACCGCCUGCCUGUGCCGGCCGGCAGCGAAGGUCCCGGAAGGCUCCCACCGCCCCCCCUCCAGCCCGGCCCGGCGGGAUUGGCCCGAGCCCCCGGCCCAGGAGCAGCAGCAGCGCUUCAUCUCCCGCUUCCUGCCCCACGUCUUCGCAGAGCUGAGCGACCGCAAAGGCUUCGUGCAGGGGAACGGGGCGGUAGAGGCCCUGCACGACCACUUCUACCCCGACUGGAUGGACUUCGGCCGCCGGAGCGCCGAGGAUGCGGCCGAUGCUGCGUAGCCCCGCGCGGAGCCCCGGCACUCAGCCCACCUCUGGUCCCACAAUAAAGCUU